UUUUUUUCGAAAAACAAAGGCCAAAAGGUGCCGUGUCCAUCUCAUUCUUGUGACUAGCUAGCACCAGCUUACAUUCUCCGGGAGGUGUACAUAUUCCCCCUAUUGGCUUGAGAACUAAAACUGACGCAGCAGCAUGCAGCAAGAGGCCGAUACCGGCAGCGAGCACGUCAUCGUCGUGGGCGCCGGCCUCGCCGGCCUCGCGGUGGCGCUCAGACUACACAGGAAAGGGGUGAAGAGCGUGGUGGUGCUGGAGUCGUCGCCGGCGCUGCGGGCGUCCGGGUACGCCAUCACGACGUGGGCGAACGCCUUCCGCGCGCUUGACGCCCUUGGGGUGGGGAACAAGAUAAGGAAGCGCCACCAGCAAAUUCAGGGGUUGCAGGUAAUCUCUUCGGCCACCGGAGAAGUUACACACGAGCUGUGUUUCGCGCCGCCGCAGGGUAACAAAGGAGUACCACAUCAUGAGGCCCGCCGCGUCAGGCGUGACUUGCUCGUGCAGGCCUUGGAGGAAGAGCUGCCGGAAGGCACCAUCCGCUACUCCUCCAAGGUUGUUUCCAUCCAGGAGGACGUCGGCAGCGCCGCCAAGAUCAUACAUCUUGCCGACGGGUCAGUUCUCAGAGCGAAGGUUCUGAUCGGAUGCGACGGAGUCAACUCCGUGGUGGCGAAAUGGCUGGGGCUCGCGAAGCCGUCAGACUCAGGGCGCUUGGCUACAAGAGGCAUCGCGCUUUACCCUGACGGCCAUUGUUUCCAGCCCAAGUUCCUGCAGUUCAUCGGCCAAGGCUUCCGCUUUGGUUUCGUGCCCUGCAACGAGGCUGACAUCUACUGGUUCUACACUUGGUCUCCUCCCAAAAACGAGGCUGAUGACUGUGCGAACGAGAGCGGGGCCAAGGUUAAGCAACAGGUGCUGGACAAGCUGAGGAGCUCAAAGGUGCCAAUGGAGGCGCUGGAGGUGGUGGAGAGGAGCGAGAUGAGCGACGACGCGCCGGCCGCGCCGCUGCGGUUCCGGCCGCCGCUGUCGCUGCUGUUGGCGAGCAUCAGCAAGGGGAACGUGUGCGUGGCCGGCGACGCGCUGCACCCGAUGACGCCGGACAUUGGCCAGGGCGGCUGCUCGGCGCUCGAGGACGGCUACGUAGUCGGCUUCCUGCAGCAGAGUGACAACGCUGUCGUGAGCUUUCUGCGGGAGAAGGUCCUGGCUGGAGUGCUGGCGAGAACGCUUGUGAAAAUGGCGGACUAUGACUGCGGAACGCUGUAAAGCGAGCAAUCCUCACCUGUUUUGUUGAGAAAUAGCAAUGCAUAUUUGAAAAUAUUCUAUACCACUUUGGAUAAUUGGAGAGUGUUGGGAAUUGGUUAUGCAUAUUUGAGAAGAUUCUAGAAUAGUUUGGAUUAUUAGAAGAGAAGAUAUUUACAAUGAGCCAUCUAGUGUCAUGAGAGAGGAUAUGAAUAUUCUAAAAGGCUUGAGAGGUUACUUGAAGAGUGUUGCAAUUUACCAUGACAGGACCUAGUUAGGGUAAGUUUCAAGAAUAAGUGAGAAUUCUCUAAAACUAAGAUACAUGUAGAGUAUUCUAGAGAAUUGUAGUGGGAUGUACCA